CAUUGUUGGUGUUUUGGGAGAAAUUGUGCCCCUUCAUUGGUGUCAGUGGGGAAAAAUGCCCCAUCUUUGAUGUCAGUGGAAAGAACAGUGCCCUAUUAUUUGUGUCAUUGGAAGGAAUUGUGCCCCUUCAUUGGUGUCAGGGGGAAUAAUGACCCUUUGUUGGUGUUUUAGGAGAAAUUGUGCCCCUUCAUUGGUGUCAGUGGGAAAAAAAUGCCCCAUCUUUGAUGUCAGUGGAAAGAACAGUGCCCUAUCAUUUGUGUCAUUGGAAGGACUUGUGCCCCUUCAUUGGUGUCAGUGGGGGGAAUAAUGGCCCAUUGUUGGUGUUUUGGGAGAAAUUGUGCCCCUUCAUUGGUGUCAGUGGGAAAAAAAAACUGCCCCAUCUUUGAUGUCAGUGGAAAGAACAGUGCCCUAUUAUUUGUGUCAUUGGAAGGAAUUGUGCCCCUUCAUUGGUGUCAGUGGGGGGGAGGGGGAAUAAUGGCCCAUUGUUGGUGUUUUGGGAGAAAUUGUGCCCCUUCAUUGGUGUCAGUGGGGAAAAAUGCCCCAUCUUUGAUGUCAGUGGAAAGAACAGUGCCCUAUUAUUUGUGUCAUUGGAAGGAAUUGUGCCCC